ACAGACAGACAGACAGGUGAUGAUGCUGUUAUUGGUGGUUCUGUUUGGAGUCGGGCUGAACUCAGCUUCAGCUGCCAAGCUGGGUGUGGUGCAGACUGAGGGGGGGCAGGUGGAGGGGCGGAGUCACAGGAUGGGGCUGUUCAGGACUGUUGAUGUCUUUAAAGGGAUCCCCUUCGCUGACGUCCCGGGACGAUGGGAGAAACCAACACCUCAUCCUGGAUGGAGUGGAGUCCUGAAGGCCACAAAGUAUCGGGAUCGCUGCCUGCAGGUGACGCUGCUGCAGACAGAAACCCAGGGCAGCGAGGACUGUCUCUACCUGAACAUCUUCGUUCCACAGGGACGAUCAUUGUCGACCAACCUGCCGGUGAUGGUGUACCUGUUCGGAGGAGCCUUCCUGUUGGGAGCGUCCAACGACGUGGCGAUCCUGGGAGACUCCCUGUACGACGGGAAGGAGAUGGCCGACAGGGGCGACGUCAUAAUCGUCACUGUCAACUACAGAGUCGGGACGAUGGGCUUCCUGAGCUCCGGAGACGCUCGACUGCCAGGUAACUACGGUCUGUGGGAUCAGCAUGCUGCUAUCUCCUGGGUCCGCAGGAACAUCAGAGCGUUCGGAGGAAACCCCGACAACAUCACCAUCUUCGGCCAAUCAGCCGGCGCUGCGAGCGUCAGCUACCAGAUGCUGUCUCCCUACAGUAAAGGGUUGUUCCGCAGAGCGAUCACUCAGUGUGGCGUGGCUCUCAGUCCCUGGGCUCUUCAGAGGAGCCCGAUGGCUCUCACCAAGAAGAUUGCUCGUAAAGUCGGCUGUUGGAGAACUGAUGAAGACAAGAUGUUAACAUGUUUGAAGAUGAGCGACCCGAUCGGUCUCACCAUGGCGGGAAAAAUCGACGUGUUGCUGAUUCUGGGAAAAGGUGUAGUCAUGGACCUCCUCGAACUGGCUCCGGUGGUGGACGGAGACUUCAUCCCCGACGAGCCCAGUCAACUGUUUCACAACGCAGCUCAGUUUGAUUACCUGGCCGGAGUCAACAGCAUGGACGGACAUAUCUUCGCCGGAGUUGACGUUCCUUCAAUCAACAUCAGAAACGACACCACAGUGAAGCAGGUGAGAGGUCUCCUGCAAGGCCUGACAAAGGAGAAGGGGAGUGCCGCCGUUGACUCUGCCUACAGCGUCUACACGUCUAACUGGGGGUCGUUUCCGGAGCAGGCAGUGGUGAAGAAGACGGUGGCUGACAUCGAGACGGACUUCCUGUUCCUGGUUCCCACUCAGAUCGCCCUCAAGCUGCACGCCCAGCACUCCAGUGGAGCCCGUACCUUCUCCUACCUGUUCAACAUGAAGACUCGUAUCCCAGGAUUCCCUCGCUGGGUGGAGGCGGAGCACGCUGAGGACCUGCAGUACCUGUUCGGUAAACCCUUCGCCACACCGCUCGUCUACUUCCCCCGACACCGAGAUCUGUCCCAGUACAUGAUUGCAUAUUGGACCAACUUCGCCAAGACUGGUGAUCCCAGUAUUGGUGACAGUAAAGUUCCUGCUCCCUGGCCGGCCUUCACCAAAUACCACCAGCCGUACAUGAUCAUCAACAACAAGAUCACCAAGUCCUCCGUCAGCUACGAUCUACGAUCAUACUACGUCAAUUACUGGACUCAAACCUACAGCCAGCUGCCGUCAGUCAGGAGAGAAGAAGAAGCAGCCUGAUGGCUGAAGAGAGAAGAAGACAGAAACAGUCACUGAGACUGUUCUGACUUAUUUCCCUGUAGUGUUGUGAUUACUUAUAACUGGAUUAUUAAUAUUAGACAAAAGAGUGAUUAUGGUAAAUACACUAAUAAACGGAAUAAUGAACACCAUAA